AUGAGUAGUCAUCAGGAUAGUGCAAAAAUCAAAUCAACUGAUAUGCCAGAAUCUAUGCAAUGUAUAGCUGUUGAUUGUUGUGCAGCAGCAUGUGAACGUUUUACAGAUGAUAGAGAUAUAGCUAAAUAUAUUAAACAAGAAUUUGAUAAACGUUAUGGUGGAACAUGGCAAUGUGUAGUUGGAAAACGUUUUGGUUGAACCAACUAUAUUUUAUCCUAUGGAUAAACCAUUUUCAAAAACUGACAGAUUGGAAGCUUGCAUUCCAUAGUGUUCGACCGACAAUGAAGUCUUAACAAUAUCAAGGUGCCGAUUAGUGCAAAGAUCAAUAUAUGUGUUAAUUUAAAUGAGAGUGGUUUGAAGUAAAUGUUUAUAUUAUCGAGUCUCAUAGCCCCAUCAAUUAUUUUCUCUUACAGAUGGUUUUGUAUAAAUGCAUAGUUCACAAUGAAAAAUUUAACAAUGAUUAGACAGUCAGUCAAUAAGUAAAAAAGGAAAAAUAAUUUAAACAAUUCUCUACAACAAAUAUGUCAAAAAAGUGUUAAGAAAUCAAUAGGGGAUAGAAAAACGAUGAUCUUUUGCCUGUAAAAACCUGGUCUUCUAAGAAUAAAUAGGGUUUUUCAGACGGCGAGCUUAACCAUAUCAAGGUAUCAAUCGUCAUAUAUAUUAUUAUGGAAGUAUCCGAUUUUCGGAAAAAAAUUAUUUCUUUGGUACAGUGCAUUGCACUUCAUAGACAUAAUAACAUUGUCUGGUAAUUCUAUAUUUAUAUACACAUUUAUUCUUAUUCAACACUUUUGAGUACCUAACUUCUUAAAUGUGAAGAGAAAAAGGCAGCAUUAAAUAGGUUUAUAAAUGGAAAGUAUUCAUUUUGUCAUAAAACUAGAAAGUGAAAAGAUCAUUUCAUCGGUGAUUUCAUUUUCAAAAGGUCACAAUCAAUAAAACGUACUCAACUCGUUCACAGUGAUGGUCUACAGUAUGUUUAUUUAUUCAUCGCAUUUAAUAACAAGGAAGCAUAAAACCGGACAAAAAAUCAAAUAUUAUAAUUCUCAUUAAAAACGCUUAAAAUGGGGUUGCUAUAGAGAUUGGAUAUAUUAACCAUAGAAGUCCUAGUAACGAGAUGAAGAUUAAUAGUAACAAAAGUUGAUAAGAUAGGUUUAAAAAAAAGAAUACUCAGAAAAUCCAAAAAUAUUCAGGAUUAGAUUGGUUUGAGGUGUGAGUUCCUUUUUGUAGAAUAAAAAAUAGGUGGUAAUUUGAAAAGGGAAAAAAUCUACAGAAGUACUUAACUGUACAGACUUUUGUGUGUGCGUUUGUGAGAGGAGCUUCAGCACUACAAAAAAAGUGAAAGCGGACGACUUAGAGAAUGGGAGUACCUUAAAGAAAUUUCUAAACUGAACUAUUCAUUUCUGCUAUAAAACUUCGAAAGAAAUUAUUGAUUUAUAAAAAUUAACAGUUUUCUGUAAAGCGAUGCAAAAUAAAUAGGAUAAAUGAAACGAGCCUUUAGCUACUACACAUCAUUUUCAUUUCACUUCGAUCCUAUGAAACAUUUUACCUGCCCGAACAUCUCAGUAACAAUUUAAUUUGAUUUCAAAAAAUCCAGAACGACAAUAAUUGGAGAUAUUAAUAUUCAUACUUAAAAUAGCUUGGAUAAAAACCACUGUGAUAAAAUUUAAAACUGGCUGGUUGUUCUUUGUGUAAUCUAGUAAACUGUAUAUUAUUUACUAUAUUUAACUAUAUUUAAAUCAAUCAUGAACCACUGAAUUAGGCAGAGAUGGAUGGUGGCUAGCAAUGGAAUCUAGGACGCAUGUUUCGUCCUAUUUGGUAUGCAUCAGCUGGCAAAUUAAGGAGAUUAAUAUGAUUGAAGUGGUCUGUAUUUCUAAUGGAAUUAUUUUUAAAUUCAUGAAAACACAUUGUUGCUUUUUGAAUAAUUUUCAAUUUAUAAUGAACUUCAAAUUAAAUAGAUCCGUAAUUAAGUAAUGGAAUACUCAAAAUGAGAUAACGGCAAUAUUUCUAGCUCAGGAUAAGGAUUUGAAUAUGUUAUCUGAGCUACAUAGUUUGCUAGUAAAGCUUUCAUUGUCUUUCACGGCAACAAUAUCAUCACACAGUCAGUCAGUUAGUAACGAUGUAGAACUUCGUACGUACGUACAUCAGUUCGAGUUGCCACACCACAUUAGCACACAGAUGUAGUGGUCGAUUCAAAUCCCAUAGUGGUAGAGGUAAUAAGAGUAUAAGCAGUAAUCGGGAAGAUUAGUGUUUGAAGAUGUUACUUAAAGAGUAUAAUACAGUGAAAUAAAUUUGGGUGUAUACUGAUAAUAUUGUCGAUAAAGACGAUGAAAGCUUUACUAGUAAACUAACCAGCUUAGCGAAUAAAACGCAUUGAAUGUUUUAGGCAAUAGGUUUCCGUGUAUUUCAUAACUAUCGGGCUUUUAGUCUCUCCAAAUUAAAUUAUAAUUCUGAGGAUUUUUGAUGCUUCCUUACAUUUGGAUAUUGAUACUCUUAUUAGAACACUAAAUACUGAUGCCAGUUUCCAUUUUAGCUUUUCAAUGAAAUUCCUGCAUACCGAAGUAUUAUCACCGUUAUCAUAAUCGAUUUAAUCUAUGUUUUAUAUCUACGUUCUUUACAAUGUGAAUCUGCUUUGAUAAUUAUACAUAUGAUUGUCUCUUAUUAACAUGUAAGAAAAAAUUUGUUAACAUCAAAAUUAAAGAUACUCCUGACUCGUAGUGAGCAAAUUAGCUGUAGUUCUUUUAGAAGAAAAUGCUCUAUAAUUACGACAAUACCAUUCUCUUGUAAUUUCUUUGUGCUAUUGACUCAGAAUAUUCGAUCGAUAUUGGACACCACAUAUUCACAUCGGAAUCUAAUAAAUUUAUUACUACUGAAUAUUGCUACCUAAUAUCAAUCCAUUUAGUGAUGUAAUUUAAUUCUUUGUUAUUAAGUUAUUCCGGCUGUAAAUACUUCCUGGCAUGAGCGAAUCAUUAGUAUGAACUGGCUGUUUUUUAGUGGCCAGUUGAUCUGACUGCAGAUAGAUCGAAUGCUGAUGUUAACGAAACAUAAAUGCUGCCAAUCGUCGUAUAUAAUUGCUGACUUAAUUCGUAUUAAAGAAUAACGGAAUAAAAUAAGCCAAAUGCGAGAACGAAUUUUGGAUACGUCUAUUUCAUACACCCGUUGAUCCAGACAGACGAUUAGGGAAACGAAUUAGAGAAGCUGACCGGAUAAGACAAACAUGCCAACUCCUUUUGAUCAAGUGUGACUCAAUACUUAUAGCUGGACAAAGAUAAGCCUAAGAUAUGUGAUGAAUAGGGUAAGCGGUGCACAUACAUACGCUCAUAUUAAUACAGUCAAGGCUGUAAGCGAAUAAUUAACAUGGUCAAAAUGUGACUCGAGAAGAAUAGACUAAUUGGUCUCUACGAAGCUUGAAUAACCCAUGUGAGCUUGACAUAGUACCAGACGCUACUAUUUCCUCUACUCUUUACUGCCAAUUAAAGGUGACACGAAAAAUCAGGAAACUGCACCAAUAUAGAUUUCCAGGUACAACUUAGACCACUUUUAAAACACAUGUUCAAUUGAAGAAUAAUAAGUAAGAACUUCCGUUUAAAUUUGAUCGAAUAGUUUCACAGUAAUUGAGCGCCGAGUUAGUGAGAAACAUUAAAGAAGAAGAAUGUAUUUGUAAAAUCCCAGCGACUGAAUUUUGAAGUAAAUCCAAGGAAAUUCAUUCGCUGAGAUUUUACA